AUGAGUGGAAAAAAAACCGCUUUAGUUGUAGUGGCUUCGGGAUCGGAGGAUGUAGAAUAUAUUACAACAGUCGAUGUUCUAAGAAGAGCUAAUAUCAGCGUAACAACAGCAUCUGUAGAAGAAACAGAAAAAGUGUGCCUUCAAUCAAAAAAUGUCGUUCUCGCGGAUACAUUAAUUGGUAAGGUUAGAAGUAAUACUUAUGAUGUAAUAGUAAUUCCAGGUGGAAUGAAAGGAUCAAAUGCAAUAUCAGAUUGUGUAGCUGUUAUUGAAAUGUUAAAAGAACAAAAACAAAGUAAUAGACUUUAUGCAGCUAUAUGUGCUGCACCAGAAACUGUCUUUCAUCGUCAUUCCCUAAUUGAUGAUGUUGAGGCAGUUGCGUAUCCAUCGUUUGAGAGUGACUUUAAACAUAUUGGUAAAGGAAGAGUGUGUGUUUCGAAAAAUUGCGUAACAUCUGUAGGACCAGGAUCUGCUGUUGAAUUUGCACUGAAAAUAGUAGAAUUGCUAUUAAGUAGAGACGCUGCACUAAAACUUGCAAGCGGUUUUCUUUUGCAUCCCUCUGUUACAUUUUAA